AGACAACACGCACAGUGAUAUGAGGACGAUGAAGUAUAUAAAAAGGGUGACGACGUUUAACGUUCCUCAACGCAAAGGCAAAGGCGCUGAUGACAAUCUCCUGAAACUACGCCGUAUCAGCGCUCUGUUUCUGCUCUUCUGCUUCUUGCACGAUGACUUGGAACUUCAAUUCCUGAUUUGCUUUCGCUAAUCUCCAAAAUUCCCCCACUUUCCCCCAUUUUGUGUUUUGUUUUCUUCUUAAUUUUGUUGAUCAUAUCGAUACGAUUGCCGACUGCUUCCACCAACCCAGAAGGUCUGCAUCUGCAUGGUGUACUCUUAUCUCUGGCUUUUUAGCAGUUAGUAGUGGAUUUGAUGUGCGAUGCAGAGAUCACGUAGAGCUCUUCUGAACAGAAGAGCUUUAGGGAUCAGUGGAAGGAACCGCUUGUAUAAGGUGUCUCUGUCUUUAGUUUUCGUCCUUUGGGGGCUUGUCUUCCUUUUCAGCUUAUGGUUCAGUCGUGGACAUGGAUACAAAGAUGGAUCCACUGUAUCUCCAGUUGGUAUAUCAACUUGGGAUGAAGCUAAGCUGGAUCGUGAUGAACACUAUGAUAUACAAAAAGAAUCUGAUUUGGGCUACUCUUCUGGAGGUGAGUGCACAAAUGGGGUUGAAACCGGUGGUUUAAAUGGUGAGUUCUUUGCUAUGGAAGGAAGUAAACAGCAUGCCUCUGCUGAAGGAAGUAGACAGCAAGAUUUAGCUGAAGGAAGUCUACAUCAUGCCUCAACUGAAGGAAGUAUCUUUCAUGACUCAGCUGUGGAUGAGCAACCUGAGGUGGUGACUGCUGGUUCAGGUGUAAAACUUGAAAAUGAUGCUCCAAAGAAUGGUCGGUUGCCUCGUGCUGUGCCUCUUGGUCUUGAUGAAUUCAAGAGCAAAACAUUUAGUUCCAAAAGUAAAUCUGGAAAUGGUCAGGCUGGAGGCAUAAAACAUAGAGUGGAGCCUGGUGGUGCAGAGUACAAUUAUGCGUCAGCUGCAAAGGGAGCCAAGGUCUUGGCUUUCAACAAGGAAGCUAAGGGUGCCUCUAAUAUCUUAGGCAAAGACAAAGACAAGUACCUUCGCAAUCCAUGUUCUGCAGAAGGAAAGUUUGUCGAUAUAGAGCUUUCUGAAGAAACCUUGGUAGAUACAAUUGAAAUAGCUAAUCUUGAGCACUAUUCGUCUAAUUUAAAAGAUUUUGAGGUGCUCGGCAGUUUGACUUAUCCAACAAAUGAAUGGGUCUUUCUUGGGAAUGUUACUGCUGCAAAUAAUAAACUUGUACAAAGGUUUGUUCUUCAGCAACCCAAGUGGGUGAGAUAUAUAAAGUUGAAACUUUUGAGCCAUUAUGGUUCAGAAUUCUACUGCACACUUAGUAUUAUUGAACUUUAUGGAGUCGAUGCUGUUGAGCGAAUGCUUGAGGAUUUGAUUUCUGUUGAAAGCAGUUCGUUUGUUUCUGAGGGAGCAACAGUUGACCAGAAACCUGUACCCUCACACCCGGACUCCCCUGAGGUUGAUGAAUUUUUUCAUGAUAUUGUUAAAGAAUCGGAACCCCAAUAUGCAGCUGGAGUGUCUAAUGUGAAUAAUGAUAUGAUGAAUAGUGAAGUGCCUGAUCCUGUCAAAGAAGUUCGUCAUCAACAAGUUAAUAGGAUGCCUGGGGACACAGUUCUGAAAAUUUUAAUGCAGAAAGUUCGUUCAUUAGAUUUCAGUUUAUCAGUUCUGGAGCGAUACCUGGAGGAAUCAACUUCAAAAUAUGGCAGUAUUUUUGGAGAAUUUGACAAGGAUUUGGGAGAGAAAGGUACGGAUUUACAGAAGAUCAGAGAAGACAUAAGGAAUCUCGUUCAAAGCCAGGAAGUCAUUGCUAAAGAUGUUCACAAUCUUAUAUCUUGGCAGUCCCUAGUUACCAUGCAAUUGAAUAAUCUAGUCAGGGACAAUGCUAUCCUCAGAUCUGAGGUUGAAAAGGUGAGGGAGAAGCAGAUAUCUGUAGAUAAUAAGGGUAUCUUAAUAUUUCUUAUAUGCAUAAUAUUUUCUUUGUUAGCUCUUGUGAGGCUUUUCACAGAAAUGGCGGUUAGUGUUUAUAUGGUAUUGAGUGUUGAUAGAGCAACAGAAAAGCCGAGGAAAUUUUGUUGGAUGAGUUCUUCCUGGCUUUUUUUACUUGUGAGCUGUAUCCUUGUCCUGUUUAUAUUAUCAUUAUAAUCUUGGAGCUUUUUGGCUUUCUUGUGGUAA